UUCCUAUUCUUUAACUACAUAUUUUGUAAGGUUUUUUUCAGGUUUUUUCGAGAUUUUUCAUCAUUUCUGCUGAGAUGCAGCAACAGCAGGUGAAGAUGGAAAUGAAGAAGCGGAUGAAAGUAUGCAGCGUUAGAGGCUGCACCCAGCGCUACCUGAGGAUGUUCACCUUCCCCCAGGAGAAGAAGGAUAAGAAGAGGAUGAUGCAGUGGGUGGAAGCAUGUGACAAUCCAAAUUCGUUAAUGCUUCCACCCGAAAAACUGAAGUUCCGGGUGAUAUGUAGCAGCCACUUUGAAGAAAAAUACUUCAUGACAAAGAGGCUGACUACAUCCGCAGUUCCAACACUGUACUUACCAGUGUCAGAGGCUGCCUCUAUCAAAAUAGAGCAAGACACCCGGAUGGAAAUACCAGAAGAAGAAGAAGAAUGCAAACCUGACUGCACCGGGGGAGUGGACGAUAAGAGUGGCAUCGUGGGACAUGUGGAAUACACAGCAGUUCCUGGACCAUCCAGAGAAAUCCAAUGCAACGACUUAGACAGACUAAGUCUAAAAGAAGAGAAGCCAUUGCAUAAUGCAGAUUGUGCUGUCCCUGGAAGAGAGCAUCAGCGAUCACAAGCCCAGAAAGGCCAGAAAGGUAAUAUACUGAAGAUGCUCAGGGACAACAUCGUGGAGAAGCCCCUGCAGCAACGAGUCUACAGCGCCGUGGCAGCGGUACUGAAGACGGCGCGGCAAUGCAAGCGGCGGCAGAUGGCAACGAAGGACCGCAUCAAGAAGAUAGAGCGUCUCGUGCAGGUAGGUGUAUGCCAAGUUUUGGAAAACUUGCCAACACCCCUGCACGCGAUGAUUUCCGCCCAAAUGCGCAACGAGGGAAGACCCAUCUACGGACGACGCUUCACGGAAGAGGAGAAGCAAAGUCCAAAAGCGUUUCGAUAUUUGUCAAAAUUAUUUCUUUUGCCAAGUAUCGAAACGCUUCGGAAAUUAUUGUCGCACAUUCCACUAAGAGCUGGAAUUUGCGACAACGUAUUCCGUGAACUCGAAGAGCCGUCCGAGUCCUUUCCAAACCAGAAAAGCAGAUACGCUAUUCUGCUUUUCGACGAAAUUAAAUUAUCGCCGUCACUGGUCUACAAUCCUUCAAUGGACAUAGUUGAAGGAUUUGUAGACUCCGGUUUUUCGCGUUCACUAGAUAUCGCGGAUCAUGCCAUGGUGUGGAUGUUGAAAGGCAUACACGGAGUGCGACCUUGGAAGCAACCUGUGGCAUAUACUUUUUGUAGGGGUACAUCUUCCGCGGAGAGCAUCGUUAGGAUGUUUAAAGAAUUAGUUCGCCGUGCAUGUCAGGCCGGCAUUGUAGUUGUAGCCUCAGUUUGUGACCAAGGCAGCACGAAUUGUAAGGCAAUACAAUGCCUAAUAGAUUAUUCGAAAUGAAAUGCCUUUCAGCAGUCCAAUCCAUUGCGGCAUGAUAUAAUUGUUAUUGAUGAAAAUCAAAUCGUGCCGCUCUUCGAUCCUCCGCACCUAUUAAAGUGCAUGCGGAACAAUCUUUUGACUAAAGAUUUGCAAUUCCAUUUAGCGGAUAAUGUUCCACGUGUGGCUAAAUGGUCACACGUGGAAGAUUUAUAUUUUAUUGAUAGCAGUAAUGCUUCUUCUCAGGACCGAGUUCUGAAGAAGCUUACUGCAAAGCAUGUAGUAGUAGAUAAAAUUAGGAAAAUGAAGG